CCAUCAACACACUGGUCACCCGCACGUAGAGAGUGGUGGUCUCAGCAGUAGCACGAUUCACCACCCUGGUACUACACGCCCAAGUGCCCACUCCCCUGCCCGUCCCGCGUUGCCAUUUGUGCAGAGCAGCCAGCCCGGCAAGGAAGCCUCUCUGACCAUCGGGACUCGGGAUUUCUCGAAGCCAUAAAAGAGAGGGCGAGGCCCCAAAAGGAGGAGGCUACCAACACUCACGUCCAAGCAGCCGCAGAGCCCGCCUCUAGUACCGCAAGGAAAGGAGGGGAAAGGAACCUGUUGCCCCCAAUGGCUUCCUCGCGCGCCGCCGCCGCCCCCUUCGCGCUCUGCAUUCUGCUUCUCGCGUCCCCCGCCGUCUCCGCCACAUUCUUGUUCGACGACGGGAAGUCGGCGUCGAAGGGAAAAAGCAAGGACAAGGCGGCGGUCGACGUGGAGUGGCGGCCGGCCACCGCGACGUGGUACGGCGACGCCGAGGGCGACGGCAGCACCGGGGGAGCGUGCGGGUACGGGACGCUGGUGGACGUGGUGCCGAUGAAGGCACGGGUGGGGUCGGUGAGCCCGGUGCUGUUCAAGGGCGGCGAGGGGUGCGGCGCCUGCUACAAGGUCAGGUGCCUCGACCACGGCAUCUGCUCGCGCCGCGCCGUCACCGUCAUCGUCACCGACGAGUGCCCCGGCGGCGGCCCCUGCGGCGGCGGCAACACGCACUUCGACCUCAGCGGCGCCGCCUUCAGCAGGAUGGCCAUCGCCGGCGCCGGGGCACACCUGCGCGACCGUGGGCAGCUCAAGGUGAUCUACCGAAGGACGGCGUGCAAGUACGGCGGGAAGAACAUCGCGUUCCAUGUGAACGAGGGGUCGACGAGCUUCUGGCUCUCGCUGCUCGUCGAGUUCGAGGACGGCGAGGGCGACAUCGGGUCCAUGCAGCUAAAGCAGGCGAACUCGGCGAAGUGGCUGGACAUGAAGCACGUGUGGGGCGCCACGUGGUGCCUCUACGGGGGCCCCACGGCCGGCCCGUUCUCCGUGAGGCUGACGACGCUGUCCGCCCCCAAGACGCUCACGGCCCGCGACGUCAUCCCCAGAAACUGGGCGCCCAAGGGCACCUACUCCUCCCGCCUCAACUUCGAGGCCUCUCUCUGAUCUCGAUCUUACCACCACGGAUGGCGGAGGGCCGGGCCACGUUUUAUCGGCCCGGGAUGGAGCGAAGGCAGGCCCACAUGGCGCUCUGUUGGAGUUGGACGUACGUAGAUUGUGUUUUGUUGCAGCUUAAACUGGUCUGAUGAUCGCCUAGUCGUAAGCUAGUGGCGCGGUGUGAGUAGUUUUGGAUCAGGAGGUGAGUGAUCUGGGUGCGAAGCAGCCAUCCUCUCCAAAAAGGAGAGAGAGCGUAUGCUGCUGGGAAUCCGAUGCCGAAGCCGAUUGGGAGGGUUUUGGACCCCUCUUGGUUGCCGCUUCACUCCUGCUGUCGUGUGCUGUUUUUAUCUUUUAUUUUCUGUUUUGUUUGCAUGUUUGUUUUGCCUUGGUUAGUUGAAUUGAAGGGCUCGUGACAAAUGUGUUUCACUUCUUCAAAUGGUGGACUUGUAUCGAGAUCAGAAUUCCUGCUUU